CAGCUACGGUGUUAUCCAAUGCUUCGAUAGUCCCGAUGGGCGGCCAGUCCAAGUUGUUGAUGCUGGUUAGCACUCCGUUUCCACUCCUCUACCCUCGUGCUUCCGCUUUCCGCCUUGCCCGCUACUCCAGCGUCUCUGUUGGUUGCCUUUCCUCUGCCGCUCAUCGUAGGAGAUUCUUUUCGGACCCUCGUCCCCAUUCGUGUUUUCCAACCAAAGCUUCUGAGCAGAUUCACACCCAAACUAGUAGUGUCAGGGAGGAUUAUUCCGGUGAAUCCUCAGGGUUUCUGUCCAGCUAUCGGGUUUCGCAUCCAUGGCCGGAAUGGUCGAAGCUGCUUGAGAAUCUCAGAACCGGUGGCUUUUUUGACCAUCAGGGUUCUUCGCCUGUGGCAUUGGAUGGAGAGUUUUUGUUGGAUGAAAAUCUGCCAGAGGACUUCGUAUGUGCUGCCAGUGCUUGUUUAUCCUUUGCUCGGAGUCGGUGGGAUCUUUUGGGAUCGCUUUCUAUAAAGGAUAUUGAGGUGGUCAUUGAAAAUGGGUCACCGUUUCUAUUCAAAAAUGCCUUGGAUUCAGCUAGACGAAUGAAGUCAUUCCUACGAGGCAGGGGAAACAAUGGGCUCGAAAUUGAGAGAGCGGACAUGGUUGAUCUGAUGCGGUUUCUGUUGAGCUAUGCAUGCAGUCCUUUUGUUGCGGCAGACAGGGUCAACCUCAGCAAUAAAGAAAUGGUUGAAUCAUCUGUUCGUAACCUAUUUGGUCAGUUGGCUGAUGCAAGUAUAACUGACCAGGGUUUGAGCUUUUCUGGAUCAAUGUCAAAUCAGUCUACUGAUAGAUAUGGACAGACCCCAAGGCCUGUUGGUCCAAACAUUGAAAUGAAGAGAGGUGACUGGAUUUGCCUGAAGUGCAGUUUCAUGAACUUCGCGAGGAACAUGAAGUGCCUAGAAUGCAAUGAGUCACGACCCAAGAGACAGCUGACUGGUGGAGAAUGGGAUUGCCCUCAAUGUAAUUUCUUCAAUUAUGGGAGAAAUUCAGUAUGCUUAAGGUGUGAUUGCCCGCGACCUGGAGAGGCCACAUAUGGUGCCAUGACACCAAGGUCUGUUUUGGGUUACAGCAAUGGAAGCAACAUAAACAUGGCUAAUAUUGAGAGUAAGCUUGGUGACAGUAAUGAAAAGGCAGAGAGGUGGUUUAGUAAGUUUUCCCAAUUGGACAAGGCUUCUGACUUGAACAGUGCUGCUGCUGAUAAAGAUUUUCCAGAAAUCAUGCCUUUGCGGAAAGGAGUCAAUAGGUUUGUUGUCAGCACGAGAAAGACACCCCUAGAACGAAGGUUGGUUAAUGCGCAAUACCGCAGAAAUUUGGGCAAUGAUAGCACCCUUGACGAGAAUGAUCUUCAGGCAAGGGAUGGAGUUGAGGUAAAUCAGAGCAAGACUCGGGAGACAUCAAUAAGCCAGAGUCUGGACAGGAUUCUUGGCCGUUCUUCAGUUCUUUCAGAGACUGGUGGUAAUAGAAGCUCUGUUGGAGAAAUCACUGGAACAGAGAGGUCCUCAUUCUCAAGUUCUGAUUCUCCACAGUAUGGAUGUUCUGAACGGAACAACUCUGGCUAUGUUCCUUUUGUGCCAUUACCUGCAGAUAUGUUCGCUAAACCUCAAAAAUCGGAGACAGGAAGUGAACAAGUGGCAGGAAACCAUGAUUUACUUGCUGCCAGUACAAGCAACCCAUCAGGACCUUUUUCUGCGAGUGCUGAAUCUGGUAAACCAAAUGAUGGCUUGCAGCUCUCAGAAAAACCACUACAUCAGACUGAGGGCAAGGAUGAUAAAGAUCAGGCUGAAAAAUCAGAGAGGUGGUUUAAAAAGGUUGCAGAGCUACAUAAUGUUACAGAUCUCUCAAGUGCAAUAUCUGAUGAGGACUUCCCAGAAAUCAUGCCAAUGCGCAAAGGGGGGAACAGAUUUGUUGUCAGCAAGAAGAAAGACCGAUCGUUGACCUCACCCUUGUACAAAAGACGCAUGGCCAUGGAACAAUCAAGCAAUACUAACUUUGUACCUUUUGUUCCUUUUCCACCAGACUAUUUUGCUAAGAAGGAUAAGCAGCCAGAAAAAGAACCUUCAGCAGAGAAAGCUGUGAAUGAGACUUCUAUUUCUGGGACAGCUGAAAGCAUUCCAAAUGUUCUGGAGAAGUCAUUUGCCGCGGGUAUUGUUGCUGAUCGGGGUGCUUCCAGUACUUUGGUUCAACGGUUGGAGAAUCAGCAUACCAGCAGCGAGAGCUGGAACACUACCAAAGCUGGAAAUAGCUUUGGUGAAAACAAUAGCAGUGCUGGUUAUGGGGUACGAGCCAUGGCAAGUUCUGCCCAAAGACUUGAGAAUUUACAGAAUAGUAGUAGUGGAGAGGGUUGGAAUAGUGGAUCAUCUCGGAGGGAGAGUGCAGAAAGUGCUGGUUAUAGCGCAUCAACUGUGGGAAGUUUUGCCCCCAGACCUGAUAAUCUACAGACUAAUAAUGGGGAGGGUUGGAACAGUGGAUCAUCUUGGAAAGGGAAUAUGGGGUCACCAACCAUGGGAAGUUCUACUCCAAAAUCUGAUAAUUUGCAGACUAAUAGCAGGGAAAGAUGGAAUACUGGAUCCUCCUGGAAGGGAAGUACAGGAGGUGCCAUAGGGAGUUCAUCCCAGCAACCUCAGAACCUUCAGAAUGGGAAAGAGAGUUGGAAUAGGGGAUUUUCGGGUGAGAGUUUGGAGGGAUCAGCAGUGAAGGAACCAGAUCCCUUGGAUAUGUCUCAAGAGGCCAAGGAACAGAGAUGGUUUCGGCGGGUUGCUCAGAUCAAAGACAUUUCAGAGUUGAGCAAUAUCCCUGAUGAAGACUUCCCUGAGAUAAUGCCGAUGCGGAAAGGGGUGAACCGGUUCGUUGUUAGCAAGCGGAAGACACCUUUGGAAAGGAGGUUGACAUCCCCCCAAUACAGAAGGAACCUUCCUAUUGUGAGCUCUGAACCAGUCAAGAAGGAGAAUGAUUCAAGCUGAAUUUAUUGGUAGGUGUGUUGUAAGGCACUUUUCAAUUUUCAAUUUCUAUGGGUAAAAUCUGUUCUUAUAUUUUUCAGUGUGAGAGGAAACUUAAUAAGAA